AUGGUCAUCUUGGAUAGACUUCCUACCAGAGCAAGGUUGUUGCGAAUGAGACUUGCCAUAGAUAAUGACAGAUGCUUGUUAUGUAACUUGGAGUCUGAGACUCGGAAUCACUUAUUCUUUGAGUGUGUAUAUGCGGGGAAUAUCUGGAAGGCCAUUCUGCAGCUCUGUGGUGUUAGAGAUUUCCACUGGGAUGGCGAGCUAGCUUGGGCCACUCACUGUUUUGAAGGUAAAUCUCUCAUCACAAGAGUGCUUAAACUUGCUUUGUCGAGCCAUGUGUACUGGAUUUGGAAGGAGAGAAAUGGAAGAUUGUUUGGGGGAGUCCUUAGACCGUGGUCUACUAUCCUAGAGGAUGUCAAAGCUAUUGUACGUAUCAGGUUGAGUGGUUGCUCUAUCAACGGUGGAGAUCGGAGGAACGCUACCCUUUGCGCUAGUUGGAACAUUGCGUGA